AUGGCACUCAUGGAGAACAGUACUGAGGUGGAUGGUUUCAGACUUCUGGGACUGACUGGCAUCCCGGAGCUACAAGUCCCCCUCUUCAUAAUGUUCACCCUCAUCUAUCUCAUCACUGUCCUUGGGAACCUGGGCAUGGUCACACUGAUCCUGCUGGACUCCCGUCUGCACACUCCCAUGUAUUUUUUCCUCAGCAACCUCUCCCUGGUGGACUGCGUUUACUCCUUGGCUGUGACUCCCAAGGUGAUGGCUGGGCUCCUCACAGGGGAUCAAGUUAUCUCCUACAGGGGCUGUGCUGCUCAGAUGUUUUUCUUUGUGGCUUUUGCCAGUGUUGACUGCUUCCUACUUGCUGCCAUGGCCUAUGACCGCUAUGUGGCAGUCUGCAAGCCCUUACGGUACACCACCACGAUGACUGCGAGUGUGUGUGCUCACAUGGUGCUCGGCUGCUACGCCUGGGGCGUGGUGGAAUCCGCCAUCCACACUGGGCUUGCCUUCUCCCUCACCUUCUGUCAGACGAACGUGGUCCAUCACUUUUUCUGUGAUAUCCUCCCAAUCCUGGCGCUUUCCUGCUCUGCCAUCUACGUGAAUGAAGUUGUGCUCUUUAUCUUAGCAGCAUUCAAUGUCUCCUUGGCCCUGGUGGUGAUCUUGACCUCCUACUUGUUCGUACUCAUUGCCAUUCUGAGGAUGCACUCUGCAGAAGGGCGGAAGAAAGCCUUCUCCACCUGUGCCUCCCACCUCACCGCGGUGUCCAUCUUCUACGGGACCGUCAUCUUCAUGUACCUGCAGCCCAGCUCCACUCACUCCAUGGACAAUGACCAAAUGGCCUCUGUGUUCUACACAGUCAUAGUUCCUAUGUUGAACCCGAUUGUCUACAGUUUAAGGAAUGGAGAGGUUAACAAUGCUCUCAAGAAAGCCGUGGAAAAGUCUAAGACUCUGCUUAGCACAUAA